AUGUAGCAUGUCGUGAACAGCCAGGUUGAUGGAGACAGGGGGAGAGAGACCUGGUGGAGAUGUAGCAAACAACGGAAUAAACUAUUUAUUUAUCGGGUUCCUCUGUCGUUAAAUUUGACUUUUAAUCUACUUUGCGUUCUUUUUAUUUUCUUAAAUUCACGGCCGUUUCAUACGCUUUACGGUUGGAGUCGUGUAUCCCUGGCAACGCGAACAACUGUCCUGCGAAGUUUGGAUCAAGUGUUUUUUACUUUCAGCGGAAAAUAAACCGGAUAUCUGCCCGCUAAACUAACGGAACUGGCUCCGGAGGUGUGUGUGAGCGUUUGUGGAAGUGUUUCGUACAUUUUUAUCCAAAUGUGACGCUUUUCAUGUCCAACCCAGUGUUUAGGGAAACGGGACAGCGAGACAAUAGUGCGGUAAGGGAGAGUUGGUGCUCUGGGGGGGAUCGAUGCCUCGCGGGGGCUUUGUUCUGUCCGGUGUGUUGACCUGUCGCCAGCCUGCUGCGGAUAUCCACCCAUCUACCGCUGGAUUUAUUUUUAGUUGGUGAUUGAUAAACGGGCUUUGGAGCCGGUGGAGCAGCCAUGGACGUGACUCUGUCCGAGUUACUGGCCAAUUUCGUGGAGUCUCCGCUGGUGGUGUGGGUGCGGACGUUGGGCCCCUUGGGUUCCAGUGAUGAUGUCGGCUCAGAGGAGCGGGUCAACCUUUUCAUGGAGCUGGUGGAUGGCGUCUUCCUGCACAAGAUCAUGACACACAUUGACCCCAGCCAAACCAAUCAGAGGCUAAACAAGAAUGUCAACAACGAUGUGUCACUUCGCCUUUACAACCUGACCGUUCUCACCAGACACAUCAGGACAUUCUACCAGGAGACCUUACAGCAGUUAAUAGUCAUGCCCCUUCCUAACAUUCUCUGCAUCGCCAAGGAUCCGAUAUCAGCUAAGAGCAUGGAGGAGCUGAAAAGACUUUUGCUGCUGAUACUAGGCUGUGCUGUUCAGUGUGAACGUAAGGAGGAGAUGAUUGAGAAGAUCAAGCUACUGGACAUUGAGACCCAAGCUGCCAUCGUGUCUCACAUCCAAGAGGUAACCCAUAACCAGCUGAAUGUCCUUGACCUCUCCUGGCUGGAGGAAUCAGAUCUUGCACAUGAAGAGCUGGAGCCUCUGUCCCGCAACAUGGCUGUGUUGCUACAGCAGCUGAUCGACCAGAGAGACAAAACCAGUGAGAUGAUUGUGGAUCUGACCCAGGAGAGGGACUACCUGUCCAGUCAGCAGCCCCAGGAAGGGUGCAGGAACCUGAGCAUGAACAGCCCAGAGCGUGGGCAGGGUUCUGGACAAGUAGGAUUGAAUAAUGGUGGAUUGGCUGUGACUGUGUCUGGGCUGACCAAAGAGGAGAAGCAGCAUCUGUCUGUGGAGCUCGCUGAUACCAAAGCCAAGCUUCGCAGAUACAGACAAGAACUGGAGGAGAAAAUAGAGCAGCUGAUGGACUCAAAACAUGAAGUGGAACGUCUGGAUCAGGAGCUACAGAGACAGAAACAAGAGAACCAGUCGCUGUCUUGUGAGGCUCGUUCGGUCAGGGUGUACCGAGACGAAGUGGACUCACUGAGGGAAAAAGCAGCUCGGGUCGACAGACUGGAGACAGAACUGUCCAGAUGUAAAGAGAAACUCAAUGAUGUUCACUUCUACAAGACCAGAAUGGAGGAGCUCCGUGAUGACAACGUGACUCUCAUGGAAACAAAGGUGCUGUUGGAGGAGCAGCUCUCGGCCUCCAGGGGGCGCUGUGAUAAACUGCACACGUUGGAGAAAGACAACUUGUUACUUCGAUCUAAAAUACACGACCUAGAAAUGGAGCGGGACAAUGAACGGCGGAGGUUGGAGGAGCUGGUGGAGGAAAACAUGCUGCUGGAGAUUGGACAGAAACAGAGCAUGAAUGAGUCUGCUCAUCUCGGCUGGGAGCUGGAACAGCUGAGCAAGAACCACGACAACACUAACACAGAGACUUGUAAGUCGUUCGUCCAUGAGCUGAACGAGUGUGUUUCCAGUCGGGUGUUGAAGCUGGAGAAGGAGAACCGGGAGCUUCAGGCUUCUGUAGAGACACUGAAAGAGGAGAACCACCUCCUGCAGGAGCAGCAUCUCCGCACUCAGGAGCUAGACAGGGAGAACCUUAGCCUCAACACAAAGUUGGACCGUCUCCAGGGUUUAUUAGACCAGGAGAGACUGACCAAUCAGGACAUGGAGUCUCUGGGAGAGGAAAUCCUGAAAGAAAAACAGACUCUGGAGAGAGAUUUGCACAUUCUGCGGGCAGAGAAAGACAGACAGAUCUCAGAGUUGGAAAGUGAGAAGAAGCACCUUUCUGAUGCCGUGGCGUCCCUUCAAGAGCGUGCUCAGUCAAACAGUGAAGCCAGGGUCCGCGAAGUGGAAACAGAGAACCGCCUGCUGCACCAGAAAAACACUGACAACAGUUCCCGAUUGGCCAGCUUGGAAACACAACUCAAACAAGCUAGUGAGGAUGCAGAGAUGCUGAGGGAGAGGGCAAGCCGGUGUGAGGAGGUGGAGCGAGAGGCGGCACGGCUGGAGAGGAGCAGGGAUGCUCUAAACAGAGAAGUGGUGUCUCUGCGUGCAUGCAGUGAGCGGUCAGAGGCUCUAGAGAAGCACGUGUCCUCUCUGGAGCAGGAGGUGCACAGGCUGAAGCGGGAGGCAGAGGAGGCACAGCGGGAGCUGCAGCGACUAGGGAGGCAAGAGGCAGACAACAGCCUGCUAUCAAAGGAGAACCUGGACUUGCGGUGUUCCCUGGAAAACCUGCGCUCCUCAUCUGCCCGCCUGGCCACUCUACAGGAGGAGCAUAAAGAGGCACAGAGGGAGAAGCAGGAUCUGCAGAGGAGGCUGGAGGAGGUCAGAGAGGAAGCACAGGGAGAAAGGAAGAGAUCAGAGAGGCUGGACCUGAAUGUGGCAGCUCUGAACCAGGAGAAGCAUCACUUAGAGGAGGAAAUACAGAGGUACAAAGAGAAGAUGGAAGAGGAAGAGAGAGAGAGGCAGCAGAGUCAGGCCAGAGAAGAGGAACUGAAAAGAGGAGUAGAAGAACUAAUGGAAGAGCGGAGGAGGAGGCAGGAAGUAGAAGAGGAGAAGAGGAAGCUCCAAUUAGACUUGGAGCAGUCAGAGAAGGGCAGGAAGCACAUGGAGAAGGAGAGUUGGAGGAUCAGAACACUGCUGGAAGGUAAAGAGACAGAGCUGGAGGAGAAAUUCAGGCAGCUGGCCACGGUGAAGAAAGAGGGCGCCAUUCUGAGUAAAGAAGUGGAUCGGAUGAAGGAGCUGUCGGUCAAAGCCAAAGAGCUGGAGCGGGAGAACAAGGAGCUGCAGAAACAGGCAACUAUCGACAAGAGAACUCUGGCCACUUUGAGAGAGGAAUUGGUGUCAGAGAAGCUCAGUGUUCAGCAGCAGAGUGUUGAGUUGGAGAGACUCAAUCAAGAACUGGAGAAGAUCGGACUGAACGGAGAAAAACUACUACAGCAGGAGCACACACUGGAAGACAGCAGGUACAGGCUGUUGGAGUCUCGGCUUGAGGAAACUGUCCAACAGACUAUGAAGAUCAAAGAGGACAAAAUCGUCUGUCUAGAAAAGAAACUAGAAGAGAGCAACACACUAAACACUAUGCUGCGUGCUGAGCUAGCCACUGGAGAAGAAAACGUUAAGCAGCGCUCUGGAAUGGACCGGGAUCAAAGCUCAGCCACGGCAGAACUCCUGCGAAUCAAAGACCAUCUUAUUGAUGUGGAAAAGAAUAACGCCUCUCUGCAGACAGAGAGCAGUCUACUGAAGGGGCAGAUCAAGCAGAUCGAGAACCAGAACGCUUCUUUGAACAACCAGAUGUUGGCGCUGCAGCAACACACUAACACGUUGCAGGAACAGAAUUCAGCCUUACAUACACAGACGGCAAAACUACAGGUGGAGAACUCGACCCUCUCUUCCCAGAGUGCAUCUCUCAUGGCCCAGAAUGCCGUGCUGCAGGGCCAAGUCACCGCCUUGGAGUCAGAGGUAGAGUCGUGGCAAAGGCAGCGUGAGGAGGCGUGGCGAGGCAGAGAGAGCGUGCUCAGUGACCACGAACGCCUGCUGAGCGUUCACGAGAGGCAAGCGCACGAGUACGAGCAGCUGAUCAGUCAGCACGCUGCACUGAAGAGCAAACAAAGAGCGCAAGAGAAUGAACACAGGACGCUGCACAACAGGUAUUGCAUUUUGCUCCAGCAGAAGGAGAAGUGGGAGGAGCAGGAGGGACACGAUCGGAAAGAGAAGGAAGAACUAAACCUGGAGACCCAGAAGAAUCGUCUACUGCAGCAAGAGAAUCUACAGCUGAAAACAGAAGUGGACAGAUUAACAGAGAGCCACUCACAGCAGUCAGAGCAGUCUAAGGGGCUGCAGCAGCGUAUGAAUGAACUCAAGAGCUCGUUAAGCUCCGCCCAGCUACAGGAGAGUCGCUGGAUGGCACGAUAUGAUUCGUUAAUGGAGCAGCACCAGGGCCUGGAUCUCACCAUGACCAAACUAGACAACCACUGUGAGCUGUUGAGUCGACUGAAAGGAAACCUGGAAGAGGAGAAUCACCACCUCCUUAGUCAGAUCAACCUGCUGAGUCAGCAGAACCACACUCUGCUGGAGAGGAGCAUGGAGAGCAAAGAGCUGUAUCACCAGGAGCAGAAACUAUACAUUGAUAAGCUGAACGCUCUUCGUCGUCAGAAAGAGAAACUAGAGGAGAAGAUCAUGGACCAGUACAAGUUCUACGACCCCACACCUAAAAAGAGGAGUCAGUGGUCUGGAGCCAAAGCUUUAGCUAAACUGAUAAAACCUCGCAAGGAGAGCAGCAAGGAGGGCGGGGCUGACCGAGACAAGGACGCAGUCAGAGAGCGAGCAAAGAGCGCCCCAGACAUCCCACUACCUUCCCCGCCCCCCCUCCUCCCCCCUGAGACCCCACCCGCACUUCCAAAGCAGGACAGGGGUCUCACCCACAGCAACCACAACAAUCGCACCGCCAGCCCAAGCCUUGGACCCCAGAGUCCAGCACUCACACCCAUCAGCAGAGGUUUGGCCGACAGUGGCCGAGGUCUUUAUCGUAGCAGUACUCCAGGAGGCAGCAGUGAAACUGUCAAUGGAGAAGAUGGACAUGGACAAGGUCAGACCCAUAAAGCUCUGAGCUCCACUCCGAGCCAUCAGUCAUCCUCUUUGGGCCUUACUAACAACUCCAGCUCCAGAAUGGGACCAGGCCCUGGUCGCAGGCCCAGAGGUUUCCUAUUUGAUGAAGACUCCCGCCACAACUCAUCUGACUCUGUAUUUGGUCAACAUGGGUCAGAAGACUUCAGUCGCAACACCUCCAACUCCAACUCACCUGUCAACUACAGAGACACACCAGAUCAUCAGGCUCCAUCAGCCAGCCUCUCCAGUGAUGACGUCCGGGGUCUCAGCCAAUCACAACAGAGUCUGUCACGUAGUUCCACGCUUCCAUACGAACACACACCCCAGAGGGCACAACCACAGCGUGGGAACGGGGUAAGGACUAAGAUCCGUUCAUCCUCUCCCGGAAGUGAGAUGGUGACGCUGGAACAGUUUCUACAAGAAAGCAACCUGCAGUCACCUCCUAUGGUGUCUACAGAAAGCAGGGAGGACUUGAUGACUGAUUACUUCAUCAGAAGUCCUGCCACCUCAGCUCCAGCUGGCAAAGAUCAGUCGACUCCCACUAACUACGUCCCGCCUGCUGUACAGUCAUCCAACCAGAGGCCAGGCCAGAGUGUCAAGCCCUCGCCCCGCCAGCCUGCGGGCCAGACCUCGACCUCAGGCCAGCCUGUCGUCCAGAGAACGAGCCAAUCCCUGAGCAGGGCUUUCAGCCUGGCUUCAGCUGACUUGCUGCGCUCAAACAGAUCAGACAGUCUCCAGGGGAAUGAAGGUAACUCAGAUGUGGUUGUUCUGAGACAAGGGGGAGGAGCUGGUGGGAGAGAACGGCCGCUCUCCGCACGGUUGGCUGGUCCGACCAAUCAGCAUGGAGAUGGAAGCUUCCUGAAACCGCCGAUUCACCACUCGUCCUCUCUCAAUCUGCAAACGGAUCGAUACGCAGAGAGAGAAAGAGGGAGGACUCCCAUGUCUCGGAACGGCCCCACAUCCUCCUCCUCCUACCACCAGCGUGGAGAGGUGGCCAUGGUGUCCCCUGUCAGGGCCAUGCCCGCCACAAGCCCUGAAGAAGCCCCUGAGCAAAGGGAGGGGCAGUCAGGUGACUACUCCCACAUAAAAAAAGAAAGUGAGAGAGCAAGGUGUAGCUCAGCUGAACGGCAGAAAAGCACGCCUGCUUCCCCCGACUCCAACAACGACCCUCAGACUGUGUGGUAUGAAUACGGCUGUGUUUAAUGGACAGUUGAGAGUGUGGGAACCAAAUACUGAAACUACAGUCUGCUGGGGCUGAAUUUGGGAGAUCGAGUCCAAACCCAAAGACGCAAGUGAUCAGUCUCUGGACUGUGCUCUUUGUGUUGUGGAUACAUUUUGUAGCUCUCUAUUGCAAAUCUACGGUUAGGCUUUUCUCAAACACAACAUCUACUGGAAAUAAUCUAAAUCCUGGAAAGCAAAGCCAAAUUUAAACACAUCUCUAUGAAAACUAACUUUUUUUAGAUUAACAACCAAACCUGAUUGCAGCUGCACCCAAACAAUCACCUCAACUCCUGGAUCUGCAGAGUCAAUGUCCUAAAUUGAAUCUGUCUGAGGGGCAUGCAAUAUAGAUUUGUGCUCAAUUAUCAAUGGUCUUUUUAAGGAUUUUGGCAUUAUCACAACACUAUAGAUGGUCUGCGAGAAUGCUGGAAUUCAUUGGCCUUUGCUGUUUUGUUAUUAUCACCAUGUUUACUGUGAUGCAGCAAGCAGCGGCCUUUUUCAAAUUUAAUUGUGGCUGUUUUGACCAGUUUUUAAAAAGUGCAAAUUUUAACAUCAAUGAAUGGAGAUGGGAGCUGAGAUGUCUGAGACACUUUAAAGCCUUGGGGGAACAGAGGACAUGUGCUUAAUGGAUGCCACCAUCUCUGCAGAACUGCACGUCAGGAAUAAGCCGUCACUGAGGGGAGUGUUUGAACAAAAGUGAAGGCAAACUAGAAGCACCGGAGCGACUGAAUGUAUCCGAUUUCUCUUCCUCUUUCAGCUCUCCUCUGCUUCUCUGUUAUCUAAAACAAAACACUGGAAAAGAGGAGCAAAAGAAGGCAAAGGAAAUGCAGGAAUUUUAAGCAAAGAGCAUUGAAGUGAGUGCAGGACAAAAAGAGGUAGAGAGAUCUGAGAGAAUAAAUUUAGAGAUGCUCGGGUGAAGAGUGGUG